AUGGAGUCGUUUAAAGAGAAAGAAGGCUAUUUGGCUUCAGAAUUGCUGGAAGCUGAGAAAAAUGCGUUGGCAGAGUUUAAGGAGAUGGUGAGAGAGGCUUUGAACAAGCGUGAAUUCACCUCUCCUCCGCCAUCUCCGGCCAAGGAAGAAAAUGUCGAGAAGAAGAAAACAGAGGAAGUCAAAACAGAGGAAAAGAAAACAGAGGAAGUCAAAACAGAGGAAAAGAAAACAGAGGAAAUAUCUAUUGUAGCUGAAACCAAACCGGAAGAGAAACCCGCCGCUUCUGCUCCGGUUGAGAUCAAUCCGGCUGCUCCUGCGGCCGCAGAGACCAAGAAGGAAGAUAAACCCGUCGCUCCUACUCCGGUAGAGACAAAACCGGCUGCUCCUAUUGUCAUAGAGACAAAGAAGGAAGAGAAUUCCACCGAUCCUGCUCCAGUUGAGACCAAACCGGCUGCACCGGUCACCACAGAAACCAAGAAGGAAGAAGAGCAAGAAGCAGUGGUAACAACCGAGAAAGCUGAUCAAGAAGAAGGAACCAAAACCAUCGAAGCAAUCCAAGAAUCGAUCGUCUCCACCAACACCCUUCCAGAGACAGCAGCUAAACCCAUAGAGCAGCCAGAAGAAGUCUCAAUCUGGGGGAUUCCACUUCUCAAGGACGAUAGAUCCGACAACAAGGAGAUGUUCUCGGACAAAGAGAAGCUGGACAAGUUCCUCAAAUGGAGGAUUCAGUUCCAAGAAAAGUGUGUGAGGUCUCUUGACUUUAGCCCCGAAGCUAAGUCGUCUUUUGUCUUCGUUAGUGACUUCAGGAACGCUCCAGGGCUCGGUAAGAGAGCAUUGUGGCAGUUUAUUAGACGCGCCGUUAAGCUGUUCGAAGAUAACUAUCCUGAGUUUGUAGCUAAAGAGCUGUUUAUUAAUGUCCCAUGGUGGUACAUUCCUUACUACAAAACAUUCGGGAGUAUCGUUACAUCGGCAAAGACAAGGAGCAAAAUGGUCCUUGUUGGUCCAUCCAAAUCCGCUGAAACCAUUUUCAAAUACGUAGCUCCUGAAGUAGUCCCGGUUAAGUACGGUGGACUCAGCAAACAAAGUCCAUUCACCGUUAAAGAUGGAGUUACAGGAGCCGUCGUUAAAUCCUUCGCUAAACAUACCAUUGAAUUGCCUGCUUCCGAGGGUUGCACGCUCUCGUGGGAGCUUAGGGUUUUGGGUGAGAACGUGAACUAUGGAGCUCAAUUUGAGCCAACCAACGAGGCAAGCUACACCAUGAUCGUCUCUAAGAACCGGAAAAUUGGUUUAACUGAUGAACCUGUCGUAACCGAUUCUUUCAAGGUGGGUGAAGCAGGAAAGAUCGUCAUCACGAUUAAUAACCAGACUUUUAAGAAGAAGAAGGUGAUCUACAGUUUCAAAACACAAGCAUGAGACUAUGUGCCUGAUGGUUAUUUUGUUACUGGGAGAAAAUCUUCAUUAAUUUAAUUGUGUGUUUGAUUUAUGUACUCUUUUGAAACCUCAAAAUUAAGGGGAGUGUCCUUUGUGAUGGUUUUGAUUUGUUUUGGUGAUGGGUUUUUUUUCUUUGUAAAUUAUUGUUAUAUAUACAAAUGUUUGGUUGC